AUGGCGCUGGUGGACAACGGAGUGCCUGCCCGCGGCUGGAUUGCAGGGCGUAUGGGCAUUAAGGCGCGCAGUGUAGGCGCCCCGUGGACGCCAUGUUUGCGUCGCAGACCGCAAUUCGAGGGUCGCGCCCGCUGGAGCCUCGCGAAGGUCUGGGCCCAUCCCCAGGCGGAGACGCGAAAGCCAUUCGCUCUUGCGGGGACACGUCUGUGGGACCAGAUUCAUGGAUGGGGCUCAAAGGGUGACACCCUCUGCUGUGCUGCUGCUGCAUCUGAAGUAGAUCCCGGAGAGAGGGCUGGGUCCCCAUUGGAAGCCCUGAAGUUUCCAUUUUACAUCAUGCUGUGGUACGGUUUCAACAUCAUAUUCAACAUCGUGAACAAACAGACUCUGAAUGCUUUCCCUUGCCCAUGGUUUAUUUCGUCCCUGCAGCUUGGUGAGUAUUCAUGUUCCAGCACACACCCUGUGCUGACUGACCCCGAGCAAAUGUGCUAG